ACUAUAACCCUUUCAUUGGAUUGUCAAUAAAAAAAACGAAGAAAGUGAUUCUCCAAAUAGCAUAAAUGUGAUCUAACUUAUACGUGUUUGUAUUAUUUGCUUUUAUUUUUUUUAUUUGUCUAAAGACAAGGCACUUCGAACUUCUGUCAUCGAAAAUGCUUUCCCCUCCAAAAAUGAUCUUACCCACCACCUUGUGGGUGCUGUACGCGUGGUUAUGCUCUAUAGACAAAGACUUAAGGUGUGUGCUUUUAAAGCAAAAUGAACUGCAAAAAAUUAAGUCCAAUGAUAAGCUACAGAAAUAAUGAAGAACUGCCUUUGCUAGGCUAAGUUUGCAUAUAUAGGCUGGCCUUUUGCAGUGCUGUAUCUCCUUGGUGCCAGUGACAACUAGAUGCAAUGCUGUCAGAUAAAAUAGAUCCAGGAUUAUACUGAGGUCUGAUCCUUCAUCUAACAAUUUCUUAAUGAAAUCAAUCAAGGUUUAGAGGGUUCAGUUCAGCAUUUUUUUCUCCUGGUUUAUUCCAGCGAGUGUCGCCUGUUGUUAUCUGCCUGCUGCAACUCCAGUAUGAAGAACAUGCAAGGAACAGGUUUAUGCAUUUACUCUCUCAGCUUUGGUGCUCCGUUGUAAUAAGCUCCAAUGGCUCUCUGUAAAUUGAAACAUUUCCGGGCUUUAGCUGGACCACUGAGGGCUUGAUCUUUUCCUAAGGUGAAUAAUUAAUAUUGAUAAGAACAGUGAUUUUUUUUUAGCUGGUAACCACGGUUGGAAACGAGGAACACUGUAGAGAUAUGCAUCGGAUAAAAGAAAGUGUUUUUGUGCUUGGGAAAGAAAAGCUAAACACUAUAACUGGGAAGUCUCUCGGACAUCUCUACAGAGUUCUAGAGAAGAAGCAAAACCAAGGAGAGAAUAUAGAAUUAACGGAAGAUGGAAGACCCCUGGAAGUCCAUGCCAAGAAACAACCUAUAUGUGACUGUACCUGCUUUGGGCUGCCCCGCAGGUACAUAAUAGCAGUUAUGAGCGGACUGGGCUUCUGCAUCUCCUUUGGGAUCCGUUGUAAUCUGGGUGUAGCCAUAGUGAGCAUGGUUAACAACAACACUGUGCACCGGGGAGGGAAAAUCCUGAAAGAGAAAGCAAAAUUUAAUUGGGACCCUGAGACUGUGGGGAUGAUACACGGAUCUUUCUUCUGGGGCUACAUCAUCACACAAAUCCCUGGAGGAUAUAUCGCAUCAAGACUGGCAGCAAACAGAGUAUUUGGUGCUGCUAUUUUACUCACAGCUACCCUCAAUAUGCUAAUUCCUUCAGCUGCUAAUAUGCACUAUGGUUGUGUUAUCUUUGUACGGGUUCUACAAGGGCUUGUUGAGGGUGUAACCUAUCCCGCAUGUCAUGGCAUUUGGAGUAAGUGGGCACCCCCACUGGAGCGAAGUCGACUGGCUACCACCUCUUUUUGUGGAUCAUAUGCGGGAGCUGUUAUAGCAAUGCCACUAGCGGGAGUUUUAGUGCAGUACACUGGAUGGUCAUCAGUCUUCUAUGUCUAUGGAAGCUUUGGGAUUAUAUGGUACAUGUUUUGGAUUUUGGUAUCUUAUGAGAGUCCUGCAAAACAUCCAACCAUCACAGUGGAAGAACGAACAUAUAUAGAAGAAAGCAUUGGAGAAGGUGCUAACAUUUUAGGUUCAACAGAAAAGUUCAAGACUCCUUGGAGAAAGUUUUUUACUUCUAUGCCAGUCUAUGCAAUUAUAGUUGCCAACUUUUGUAGGAGCUGGACUUUCUACUUGCUUCUUAUCAGUCAGCCUGCUUAUUUUGAGGAAGUAUUCGGAUUUGAAAUCAGCAAGGUGGGUAUUUUAUCAGCAGUUCCGCAUCUCGUAAUGACAAUAAUUGUACCAAUUGGAGGGCAGCUUGCAGACUUCCUUCGCACCAAAAGAAUUCUUUCAACUACUGCUGUCAGAAAGAUAAUGAAUUGUGGAGGGUUUGGUAUGGAAGCAACGCUUCUUCUGGUUGUGGGAUACUCUCAUAGUAAAGGAGCUGCUAUAUCAUUUUUAGUACUUGCUGUAGGUUUCAGUGGGUUUGCCAUAUCAGGAUUUAAUGUUAAUCAUCUGGACAUUGCCCCUCGAUACGCCAGUAUCCUUAUGGGUAUUUCUAAUGGUGUUGGCACAUUAUCUGGAAUGGUAUGCCCUCUGAUUGUCGGAGCAAUGACCAAACAUAAGACACGAGAGGAAUGGCAGUAUGUCUUCCUUAUUGCUGCUUUGGUUCACUAUAGCGGAGUCAUUUUUUAUGGAAUGUUUGCAUCCGGUGAGAAGCAGCCCUGGGCAGAUCCUGAAAAAACAAAUGAAGAAAAAUGUGGCUUUAUACAUGAAGACGAGCUUGCUGAAGAAACAGAAGACAUUUCUCCGACUAAUGUAAAUUAUAGUACUGCUAAAUCGUAUGGUGCAACAACUCAGAUCAACAGUGGUUGGUCCCGUUGGAUGGAAAAAAAGGAUGAGUUUGUACAAGAAGAAGAACCUGACAGUUACCAUUACAAAAAAGGGGGCAGGUAAAACAAAAGGUAGUUAGUUGCCAUAGUUGGUGUUUCUGAUUAUUGUGACUACACACAAUUGUGGACCAUAUAUGUAAAUACAUAACAGCAGGACCAGUUUUAAUGUAGUCUGAAAUCUGAGUGCAUCCUCUAAAAAUCUUAGUACUUCAUUGACUUCAUUUGUAAGAAAUCCGAUACAGAAUCCUUUAUUCUGAUAAAGCUUUUUUGCUUGAAUUUUGUGACUGUGAUGUGGAACUCAUUAAAGUUGCAGCAUUGUUUUGCAGUGUUCAGCAAUUCUGCUGUAUACAAGAUGCAAACAGCUGGGAAUUUGUAAGUUGAAUAUAAUCCAUACUGGGUAAGCUGAAGUAAUAAUGUAUAAUCAUAUAAUUACAUUGUUCCUCUCUUUCUACUAGUUUAUGAUAACUUCAAUUUGUAUAGACAACGCAUAUAACCUCAAUUUAUAUUGAAAAUACAGGGUCCUUCCUCAAAAUGCUAUGAAAAUAAAAAAUACACUGCACUAACUUAUUCUAUGUACAUUGAUCAAAUUGUUGCCUAUUUUGGAAUAUAUAACUUGUAUGUAAUUACUUCACGUCUUCUUGUUUGACCUCCUGCUGAUUAGAAAGAUGUACCCAUUGAAUACCAUUCAUUCCUCCACCCAUUACUGUCAACAAGGGAGAGAGAGAGAGAGAGAGUGAGAGAGAGAAAGGACUUUGUCAGUUUUUAACAAAAGGAUAUUCUCUGAACUAAAGCUUGUACACAAUUUUGUGCCUCAAAGUGAUGUAAAAUGUUGUCAUGUUAUAUUUUUGUGGUAAACAGAAUGAAGUUAAUGUAAACAUUUGCGCUGCUACCAAAAAGUGUUAAUAAAUACUUUUUCCUUUUAUAUAAUAA